AUGUUAUCAAAUAGAAUAUUAUUUAUUUGUUUAUUUGUUGUUUUAUCAAUCUCACUUGUCAAAGGAAAUGGUGAAUUUAGUCCAGAACUGGCCUACAAUGGACUCGUAAUGAGCUAUUCUGCUUACUGCUUUGGUAAAUAUGUCAACUACUGGUCCUGUCCUUUUGAACACCCUACAGAUUCCUGUGGCAAUCCUUUGUCUGGUGGUUUUUUCAACGCAUCAGAAGACAAAGUGGGUAGAUUUGACUUCAUAUAUCAAGAAGCUGUUUCAGAUAGUCUCUUCUACAUUGCUGAACAAGAUAACAACUAUUAUUUAGUAUUCAGAGGAACUGAUGACAUUAUCAAUGACAUGGAAGAUAUAGACUUUGCUCACCAAAAACCUUUCCCACAAGAUGAUAGUAGUGCAAUGGUAUCCAAAGGUUUCUAUGUUGCUUGGCGUGGAGGAUUCAUGGGCCUUCCACCUGUUUAUAUAGAUCAACUUCGUCAGCCUGUUAUGGAUGCGCUUGCCAGUACUAGUAUAAAUUCAGGUUCUGGUUUGACCAUCGUCGGUCACAGUUUUGGUGGAGCUAUGGCAAGUAUGUCAUAUAUGAAUCCAUUCACCAACCAUGCAUCUCUUGCAGCUUUAGAAUUUUCAACUAUAAACGACGAGCAACCAGAGUUACCCUAUGGACCAAUUACUGUUUAUACCUAUGGGUCACCAAGAGUUGGAAAUGAAGAUUUCGAGGUUCUCUUUAACACCAAUACCAAUAUUGAGACAAGCUACAGAGUUGUAAACUUUGAGGAUACCAUUCCCCAUCUUCCAUUGCCCGCGUUCACCCUCUUUGGAUCCAAUGCUACCUACUCGCAUGUCAACACCGAGGUGUGGCUUUAUAACUAUUCAAACGAUCCUUCCCAGUACCCUGUAUACCUCGAAUGCCCAUUGACUGAACAACUCAACUGUUCCACCAAUAGUCUUGUUCAUUGGACCCAAUUUGACAAUAUGACGCAGGUCAUGUAUUACCACAGAAGAUAUUUUGCCUAUGAUUUGGAAACUUUCUGUCAAGACUGGAUUGCAGAUCUUGAAGUACUCCAACACCCAACCAUCUUCCUCAAUAUUACCAGACAUUGGAUGGCUGGAGGAUACAACUACACCAAUGUAGUUGGUACACUCACCAACAACGGACCAGUCGAUAUUGCCAACCCAGUCUUCACCUCCAAUCCAAACAUCGUACCUGUUGCUGGUAUUUGGGGACUCACUCCAACAACAACCGACAAUGGUAUCAUCCAUUGGCGUCUCACUCCCCUUAACGGAGUUACUCCAACCAUUUCAAUUGGUUCAGAGUAUAUCUUUGCAUUCACCUACAAUUCAACUGCAACCUAUUCAUUCACAAGAAUCAAAUAA